GCUAGCAGAGUCCAGGCGGAUCAGACACUCUCAACGCGAGCACACACAGCCUCCAGCGCCACGCAUCCCACCUGUUCACUUAUUAUUAGAGACUUGACUCCAGGCCAGUAGAGUCCAAGAUUCCAGCGUCAGACACACACAGCCCCUAGCCUCCACGCAUCCCAUCUCUCCCGCACACUUUCAAGUGACCAUGGCUCGCGUGGGUGUACUGCUGUUCCUGGUGUGUGCCCUCGUCUCCUGCGUGGCGGCCCAGAAGGCUCCCUCUACCGCGGUGCAGAACCCGGGCAUGCUGGACAGAAUAAUGCAGGACUACUUGAACCCUCUGAGAGAGUACGACUGGGUUGGCACCAUCAGAAGGUUGCUGGACUCUGUCAGGAAUUACGUGGUACCGGAGGGCAAGGAACCCAAGUCUGGACACGUGUUGCUGGACGUGCUCUCUCUCGCCGCGGCUCAUCUCGACUCCCGGCUGGCCUCGCGCCCUUCCCGUGGCAUGCAGGAGGAGGGCCGUUACUACAACUUAAACGAAAACGUGAGCCCCAGCCUGGCGGCCUACUCCUGGAAUUACCUAGGCAUUCUGUGGCUCUACGCUGGCCUCAGCAUCGUCGGCGCCCUCGUCCCGCUCUACAAGUACAUCCCUGAGGAGGAGCUGCUCUACCCAGACUACGAAUUCGAAGAGGAGGAAAAGGCGGUGCCGGAGAUGGGGAUGGACAUGGGGAUGGACAUGGGGAUGGGGAUGGACAUGGGGAUGGGGAUGGACAUGGGGAUGGACAUGGGGAUGGAGAUGGAGGACACCCCAGCGAUGGGCGAUGGCCAGAACUACUAUGGCUAUGACUAUGACUACGGCGAUGCCGAGGGAAGCGACAUGUCUUCCAGCCAGCGACCUAUGGCGGCCGACCAGAACAAUGGAGAAUAUAAUUACCAGGAUUACAGCAGCACAGGUAACCCGGGAUACACGAAUGGUUACCCGCCUCCCAACUACUACGGGAUCCAGUACUACCCGCCACCACGUAACUAACUGCACGGCGCGCGUCUCCCUCAGACACCCUCGCACACCAGGUUCCUGCAGGAGGGAGCUGUGACUUCUUCCCGCCACAUAAGCUAAAAAUUGCCUCGCUGUCUCCCACUCGCGGCGGGCAUUGGGUGGCCUGGCGGGGGCGCGGGAGUUGUAAAAAUCUAUCUCGCCGAGUCUCGAGGUCACGGUGCUGGUCACUCGUGGCUCAGACAUCGGAUAGUUGUUAUGUAGUUUGUGUAUUAUUUAAUUGUUUUCCUUGUCCUCUUGUUGAUCUUGUUGACGUGUAUCUCAGGACGUUGUGGUCUUAUUGUUGUUGUUGUUGUUGUUGUUAUCAUGAUUGUAUGUAAUAAAUAUUUGAACAGA